GAGCCAGUUCGCACAUCUGGGAGCCUCCGGAACCAGUUAUACGUUACUCAUCGCUUCCAGUUCCCAGUUCCAGUUCGGUUCAGCAAAAAUUGUGCAAAUAAAUUGCGGAAAGACGAAUUGUUUAUGUGGGAAUCGGCAGCGAAAAGUGAAUCGGCGGCAGCAAAACGACGGCACCAACAAAUAGAGUGAAUGAAGUGAGCAUUGCCACUCCCACGCACACCACUGUGCAGUCUGUGUGUGCGAACGGCGAACUGCGAGUUGCGAAUUCCGUACUUCGGAUUGUGGACUCCCCAGCCCCCGCCCACGCCCCUCGCCCACCGUCCGAAGCAGUUGGAAAACCAACACCUGUCCUUUUAGCGCAAGAGGAAUCCCUGUCAGCUGGUGCAGCCAUACGCGAAGGACCUCCGCGGAGCAGGACACGGUGUAAAGAGCCGAAAACUGAAGCGGGUCUUCAGUGAAAAGAGAGAGAAAGAGAGUGCCAUAAGUCCGCUUGGCAGGAGUCGCAGACUAACCACCUGACCACCUGGAUGCCCGGCUUUCACCUCAAUGAGAUGGGUGAAAUGGUCCUGGACGCCAUCGAUGACAUCGGCGUGGUCGAUGUGUACGACUUGGCCUCGGACAUUGGGAAGGAGUACGAGCGGAUCAUGGAUCGCUUCGGCACGGAUGCCGUCAGCGGGCUGAUGCCCAAGAUCAUCAACACCCUGGAGCUGCUGGAGGCGCUGGCCACGAAGAACGAGCGCGAGAACGCCACCAUCCAGGAGCUGCGCGACAAGGUGGCCCAGCUGGAGAGCGAGAAGCUGGAGAAGGCCGAGUUCCGGCGGCGGUUCGACAAGGAGCUGGAGCUGAUUGAGGAGCAGUGGCGCAGCGAGACCAACGAGCUGGUCGAUCUCGUCUCCUCGCUGCAGGAUGAGAACAAGCGGCUGGUGAAGCAGACGCAGGACCUGCAGUCUUCCUCCGCCCAGAGCUCCGGUCUGGGCGCCAGUCUCACCGAGAGUAUCAUCAGCAUGACCAACCACGAGCUCCACGGCGCUCUUUCUGAUACUCAAGUGCUGCAACGGCUCAAGGAGCAGAUAUACAAGCAGCGGGACGAGUUGAAGCACCGCGAGCGUGAGCUGCAGGACAAGUACAGCGAGCUGGAGCACCUCAAUAUCCAGGCGGAGCGGCUGAAGGCCUCAGAGCGGGACACCCGGCGCCGCCACAAGCUGAUGCAGGCCCAAGUGAAGACGCUCUGCGAGGAGCGCGCCGACUUUCUGGCCCAGCUGCAGGACCAGAGCCGCGAGAUCAACCAACUGCGCAAGCGAUUGGGGCUGGCCGAAAAGGAGAACGAGGACUUGGUGGCCUCGUACGAUGACGGCCAGAACGAUCCCAACCGGCCGCGGUACACUACGCGCGAGCUGAAAGAGUUGAUUAGCGAGCGCGAUGAGCUGCUGACCACCAUCGACACCCUCAACGAGCAGCUGGCGGAGCUGAAGCCGCCCAGCCAGUCGAAGGGCAAGCGGCAGCGCCACUUCUCCAGCUCCGACGACAGCGAUGAGGACGACGAUGGUCACGUGGCGGACAACGACGACGACGACGAGGAGGAGGCGGCGGCCGAGGCGAACGAGCUGGAGCCCCCAGUGGCCGGAGAAACGCCACCUGGACACGAUGCGCCCGUGCAGGGACCGUUGCCCUACGAGCCGGACGAUGCGCCUUGGAAGAAGAGCUCCGAGUCGGGAAUACGCAAAUUCUUUCGGAAGCUGUUCUCGGACCCGUCGGACGGCAGCAACACGUUCCCGAAACGUUCCUUGGCCACGCUCUCCAAGAUGGCGCUGUCGGCCACGCCCGGUUCCGUUUCCGCCUCCGCAGCGGCGAAUCUAGGCAACAGCCUGUAUCUGACCCUGUCCCUCGCCAUUCACCUGCUCCGCCUGAGCUGUACAUACAUAGUUUACACACUCGAUUGCUGUGCCCUCGUAAUUCUAAGUUGUUAUGCGAUUUUGUUUACGUAAUACGCGUUUUUUUCGUAACUCGUAACCCCUAACUAUACUGGAUAUAUUAUUUAAUACAAAUCCGCUUUGUAUUUUUUUGUACCUUCGAUUUAUUCUAACUUGAUUAACGACUACCACAUAAGACUCCAAACACACCACAGCCCCCACAUGUGCAAGUGUUCCAAAGAACAAGAACGAAAACGAGAACGAGAUCGAGAUCGAUAUCGAGAUUGAGAUUGUGCAAAGAUUGCAGAGUGAGUUUUUAAUGAAUUUAGACAACCGACAAGCAAACAAACGACAAACACAAGCUAAGAAAGACAAACAGUCCUCCCAGGAAAACGAUUCGGCGAGGAGGACUCUGGUUCUGGGACCCCAGAUUUUAGAAAGUCAAUGAAGAACGGGAAGAAUUUGCUUCAAUUAUCCGUAGUGUAACUAUCCCCAAGACCCCACAUCUAUCUUGAUCCUCGGCUAUCGCCAACCCGUAUGAGUAUUUUAGCAUUCUCAUAGCAGUUGCCCCAAGCGGCCUUAUAAAUAUAUUACAAAUUUAUCAAAAUACGCAAACCUUAGAGCGAAAGAAUACCUAAAAGUAUAUAUAAUUGAUAUAUAAUUAGCAAACGUUACAACCUUAGCGCAUUGUUUGUUGACUUGAAUUGAACUAACUAACGAAACCAAUCUCAGCAUAGUAGAUUCCAUUGAUCGAUUGAUUAGAUUACAUUGCACAAAGAUGCCAAAAAGCGAAAAUCUCCGCGUAAGCCCAUUGCCGGCCAGUCUGAAUGUUUGAAGGAAUGUUUUAGCCAAGAGUUUUACCAUAGACUUAGCCACUGACCAGCUCGAAUUGUUGUCACCGAAUCAAGACGCCUUCGCCCAGAGCCCCCACUCCACUUCAAGCAAGCCCAGUGCUCUCGAGGAGAUCUCAGCCUGAUCCUCGAUCAUACCGACAAUCCAUGUUGAUUUGGAACUAGUGCCACUUCCAUAUGGCACCACUCCCGUUCCCCUUCCGCUCACAAAAGCACAACGCGAGGAAACUCCGGUUACAUAUCAGCUCCAUCGCUAUCGUCGAUGCGAACGUGCCAAAGACUAAUGGUCAGACCCCGUCCCGUCCCCCACUCCCCGCACCGCACACCCAACACAUACCAAUCUCAAUUAACCCAUCUCGAUUUGAACACAACAAUGACAAAGACAAAGUGGCAACUGAACUUUUAUAAAUCUGAACACGAGCGUAAUGGUAUCGCUAUGAAAAUGGACUAACAAAGAGUGUCGAGUUGGGUGAAGACCACGAGGAAGAUGGAGAGACAUUGAGUAUUUGGUGAAUUAAUGUUAACUAAAUUUAUAUACACAUAUACACAUGCAUUAUACAUAAUAUACUUUACUAUAUACUAUGUAAUACCGUAUUAUAUGGAACUAUGACUAACCAAAAGACAACAAGGCAACAAUUAUACAAAAUUAAAAGCGUACCAGGGUGGCACUUGGACCAUGGACCGCAGGAGCGACCACAGCGAGGAUCGGAUCGGAUCGGAUCGGAUCGGUUCGGAUCGGAUUGGAUCGCAUCAUGGUGAAUCGAGGGCUCCGCCCUGUACGUACAUCAAUUUAUGAGUGGCUCCCUUUGAGCGACCACCAAAAUAAAACUUAUGAAACAUGGAG